GUGUCGGCCAUUUUACUAUGUUUUGUGCAAGCUAGUAACGUUGGUUGGUGUGGUUGCAUUCUUAAUACAUAUAUUACCGUACAGUAGUUUUAUACAAAACGAUGGCGGACCCAUCAGGCGAGACGGAGUUGCCAGAGGGUGCAGAGGUUAAGAAGUUAUCGGAACUUCGGGUCAUUGACCUAAAGGCCGAAUUGAAAAAACGAAACUUGGACACCACUGGCGUUAAGAGCGUGCUAGCCCAGCGGCUGAAAAAGGCAAUCGAUGAGGAAGGUGGGAAUCCUGAUGAAAUCGUUAUUAACUUGGAGGCUCCUCCGAAGAAAGCUUCAUCCAAGCGUGCAACCAGAGAUGCAAUGCAAGAAAAUGAGGAACAAGAAGACACCGCUCUUGAGGAGGAUUCGCGUGAUGGACAUUUUAUUCAGGAACAAAAUGACAACAUGCAUGAAAUGGAUAUCCUCGACAUGAAUGUUCUGGAUGAGACGGAGAACGACGGUGCACCCUUCGCUGAUGGCAAUGAAGAGGAAGAGGCUAUGAUGGAUGGUCAGCUGGACUUCUGUGAGCCAGAGGAUAACGCCGGAGAUUCAAAGGUAAAUGAAUCUGAAGUGGACAAGGAUGAAGAUAUGACAUUAUCGUCUACCGACGUGGCUCCGCUUCAGGAUCCUGACGACCAAGGUGACACAGAAAAUGUCAAAGUAGCUGGGUCUUGUUUAUCUGAGCCGCUUAAAGAAGAUCCUCACCUGAACCCUGAGACGGACCCAGAAGACCAAGCCACCACUGCACCAGGGAUUGUACCAAGCGACCAAGAUGUUAUGGAGUCUGACAACAAAGAAGUUGGGGAAACGGAGAAAACCCCAGAAGAGACAUUAGACACUGAAGAGAAAUGCUCGGAGGCUGUUAGUGUAAGCGAACAGGGAGACGGGGGUGUAACGGUUGAUUCAGAAAUGGGUUCUAAGAUUGGGGAGGAGGACGAGAAGAUGGAAGACAAGGCUGCUCCGGAAUCAGCGGAGAAAGAGUCCUCUGUAGAGGGCGAUGAUCAGAAAAAGAGCUCUGAGGAGGAAGGCAAAGCUGAAUCCAAAGACGGAAAGGCGACUGAGGGUACUUCUACGGCAAGCAGUGGCAGGAAUCUCUGGGUCAGCGGGCUGUCCUCCACGACAAGAGCGACUGAUCUGAAGACUUUAUUCAGCAAGUAUGGCAAGGUUGUUGGUGCCAAGGUGGUGACUAACGCCAAGAGCCCCGGCGCCCGCUGUUAUGGCUUUGUCACCAUGUCCUCCACGGAAGCAGCCACCAAGUGUAUCAGCGAUCUUCACAGGACCGAACUACAUGGCAAGAUGAUUUCUGUAGAACGAGCCAAAAACGAGCCGUCUGGGAAAAAGGCUGCCGAUACAAAGUCUGGCAGUGACCUCAAAAAUGCAGCUGAUUCAAAGGCAGAUGGAAAGGAGCCAGCUGAAGGCGAGGCGGCUGAUGGCAAAGGCGGAAAUGAGCGGACUGUGGUCAUGGACAAGUCUAAAGGAGAGCCAGUCAUUAGUGUCAAAGCCAAAAGCAAAGAGCGAAGCUCCAAGAGUCGUGAUCGUCGGUCAUCCAGUAAGGACAAUAAGGAGAUCCUGACAUUUGACCAGAUCAAGGAACAACGGGAAAGAGAGAGGCAGAGACAGAGAGAGAGGGAAAUCAGAGAGGUGGAGAGACGUAGAUACACCGACCGUGACCACCGACCAGACCGAGAACGUGAUCGUAUUCGUAUCUUCCGGGAGCGAGAGGAGCGCAACCACCUCCUAAAGAAGAGAAACUGGCUGGAGCUGGAGAAGCAGCGGCUCGACGCAGACCGUAUGGAGCGCCAGUUUUUGGAGCGGGAAAGAAUGCGCAUCGAGUACGAGAGGCGACGUGAACAAGAGCGGAUCAUGAGAGAGCGGGAAGAGCUGCGACGUCAACAGGAACAGCUGCGCUUUGAACAGGGACGCUCCUUAAAGAGACCUUAUGACAUGGACGGCAGGAAAGAUGACUGGCCUGACAAGCGCAUGAAUAUGGAUGACCGAUAUGGUCGCUCAGACUUCAGUCGACAAGACCGCUAUCAGGACUUCGACCAUCGGGAUCGGGGUCGAUUCCAAGAUGACAUGAUGAUGGACCGGCGGGAUGGAGGCCGAGAUAGUUCACAUUUCUCAGACCGAUCCGACAGACACGGCAGAGAUUCCUGGGGUGGAGGUUUUGAGAAGCGCAUGAACCCACGGGAAGGAGGUAGAGACUGGGAUAGGAAGAUGGAUGGAGACAGAACCUGGCAGAGUAGAGAUGGUGGAAUCCCUGGACAGAGUCACGUCAGUCGAGGAGGGAUGACGAGCGGCCGAGGAAACUACAUGAACAGCGGAUCGUCUCAAUCUUUGUCUGGAACGAUGAACAGACAGAACCAGCUCAUGCAGGGAGGUGGGAUGCAGAGUGGAGCCUUCGGCCGACGUUACUAAUCUGCUCGCUGAAGCCAGGACUGUUUUGAUAGGAAGUACAGAAGAACUUUUAUGGACUUGAUUUUUUACUUUUUUCUUUUAUGAGAGGAUGGAGAUAACCGAACUCUACCACAUUGUCAUUAAUCAUUUUAAAUAUACUUUUUUGUUACGGAUGACUUUGCUUUUUUUGUUUGUGUGUCUGUGUGCCUGUGAGAUGUUGGCCUCACUCCUGUCACUGUGACCUGCCCCCUCCAAGGAGUAGAAACAUUAGUUACUACAUGAAAGUGACUGUGGCUUGAUGGACCUGCAAUCACUCACUCACACCCGGCCUUGUCAUGUAUGAGUUUUUGGUGCUUAGUCAAUGAUGAUUCACGCCUAGUCAUGUUUCAUAUGAGGAAAAACCUUUGGAAUAUCUCACUUGACAGUAAUAGCUCUAGUUGUUUUGUGUGAACAUGGAGUGUUAAUAAAUGAAAAUGUUAUCUA